GCGCGCCGCCCGCACACCUCCACCCAGAGCUUGUCUGAGUCCCAGGAGUGUCGAGCUUUUCCCGCCCUCUGUAGUUUACUCUAGCUCAUUGCCAUGGCACCCAAGAAGAAGGAAGAACCCAAACCUGCCGCCCCCAAGGCCCCAGAGCCUGAGCCCGUCAAGGAGCCCGAGUUUGAUCCCAAAGAAGUGCAGAUUGAAUUCACAGCUGAGCAGAUUGAGGAUUUCAAGGAUGCGUUCCAGCUGUUUGACAGAACGCCACUCAAUGAGAUGAAAAUCACAUAUGGUCAGUGCGGCGAUUUGAUCCGGGCCUUGGGACAGAACCCCACCAAUGCGGAGGUGAUGUACGUCCUGGGAAAGCCAAAGCCAGAUGACAUGGCGACCAAGAUGUUGGACUUCGACAGCUUCCUGCCCAUUCAUCAGCACAUCUGCAAGGCCAAGGACCGUGGCACAUUUGAGGACUUUGUGGAGGGUCUGAGGGUGUUCGACAAAGAGGGCAACGGCACAGUCAUGGGCGCUGAGCUCAGACACGUUCUGCAAACGCUGGGUGAGAAGCUGAAGGAGGACGAGGUGGAGCAGCUGAUGGCAGGACAAGAGGAUGCCAACGGAUGCAUCAACUAUGAGGCUUUUGUAAAACACAUCAUGGCCAGCUAGAAAGUCUGCAGAUGAUCAAGACACCUUGCAAUUGGCAAAAGACAAACAUGCUUUCCUUUUUUACAUGAAACCCUUGGCAUAUGUGCAGUCCUCUGGUUACUCAUGUGUAAGGUCCCUUUUCCCUCCACUUGACAACUUCCAGUUGUUUUUGUAAAUCUACACACCUGUUUAAACAAAAUAAGUAACUGUAUAACAUAGACAUGUUCAUUCUUUCAUGUGAUAUCUAAAAAUAAAAGCGUUUUUUGCAC